AUGGCGAACGAGUCUCAGACCCUAUUGGGCAUAUUUCAAGAGAUUUUGGCGGCAUCUGACAAUUCUUCGGACAAGCAUAUCAACGAGACGCGUAUAUUAUCAGUUUUAAGAGAACGAGCUUCUAAAGUACAUAAUGAAAAUUUUAACCCGAUUUUAGCAAAAGUGGCUUAUGUUUUAAACAAUAAGCCAGACGGGUGUACAUAUUGUAUGGGGGAGUUUUGGAAUGCAAUUAAAGUCUACAACAGUAUUCAUGGAUAUGUAAGCCUCAUAGUUUGCACAAUAGGCGUGCUCGCAAACACAAUGAAUGUGGCCGUCCUGACACGGCGCGAUAUGGCGGCGGCGCCGAUCAAUCGUCUGCUGAAGUGGCUCGCGGUCGCAGACGUCUUCGUCAUGCUCGAAUACGUGCCCUUCGCUAUAUAUAAGUACUUGGUCUUACCUGAAAAAUUGGAUUUUCCGUAUUCCUGGGCCAUGUACUUACUUUUUCAUAUGCAUUUUGCUCAAAUAUUACAUACGGCGUCAAUAUGUCUCACACUUUCGCUGGCGAUAUGGAGAUAUGUGGCAAUAAAAUACUCAGAUAGAAGUCACAUUUUGUGCACGGAAAGGCGAUGUAGCAUUGCCAUACUAAGCAGUUUUAUAUUACCACCGAUAUUAUGCAUACCAACAUUCUUGGUAUUCGACAUACACACAAAGAACUUGACAGAAUCUAAAGACAGACCAUCGGUUGCUUACCAUCUGGACUCGGACAGUCAAGGCGUUUUAUAUCAAGUUAAUUUUUGGGUACACGCCGUACUAAUCAAGCUAUUGCCAUGCUUGAUUUUAACUGUUAUUAGCUGGUGGUUAAUUAGAGCCUUAUAUAGCGCGAAUCAGCAUCAAAAAAAUCUACGCAAUUAUAGCUCAUGUCCAUCCGCAGAGAAAAUGGUGAAGCGCCAACAUAAAGCGGAUAAGAGGACUGAUAGAACAACAAAAAUGCUGUUAGCAGUUUGGCUUCUAUUCCUAUUAACUGAAUUACCGCAGGGUAUAUUGGGUCUACUUAGCGGUGUUUUGGGAUGGUGUUUUUUUGUUAGAUGCUAUAAUUUACUGGGAGAUAUGAUGGAUCUGCUAGCUUUAGUUAAUGGAGCUAUAAAUUUCAUUUUAUAUUGUUCAAUGUCAAGGCAGUUUCGUCAAACUUUUAGGCAGUUGGUUUUACAACGUCGGUUCGCGCGAUUUCUACCCGCAACUGCUUCACAAUCGGACUCUCACAAUCAGAACACUGCAAAGUCGUCGCUACCU